AUGCCCUGCGUCGCUCUCGGGUGCUUGCAAGCAAGCAUUUCUUGCGGAUGGCUGCAUGUCCAACAGCAGCUCGUCUCGACCAAAGCCAUACGCACUCAUACCCAGCGGCUUCAUCCCUGCUUCCGAUUUACGCAUUUGUCACGCCGUUGCAACGAGGCGCUUGCGCAGCUCGACGCACUUGAGGCCGAAACCGUCAGGCAGUCUUGCAAUCAGUACCAGCUUCAGAUUAUCGAAGCACAUCACAAGAAGCUUAUGGAGUCGCGUGGCAAUUACCUGCGAUUGAAAAUGCAGGAGGAGCUGGCUGCACGAAGCAAGCCCCUGUCUAGUCGAUACUAUGGAUGGCAGAACAGGGGAUGGGAGGUCUCCAGAGACACCCUCAGCGACUCGACUUCAAGGACAACCGCGGGCCCGGACGAGAGACGGUUGCAUGAUGCCAUCCGAUCGCUUGAGGAGCAUGAGGUUCCUCUUGAGAAUCCCGAGGUUGCAUGUCACUUCUUCCAUGCGUUGGAAGAAGGGCUGGGCUGUGCGCCGGCAGUCGAAGCCUUUCGGAACUGCAACCCACCCCGGCAACGGUCAUCCGUUUUGCACCAGAUGCAGCGUUGGCGCACACGAUGGGCACAGGAGUACCGAGCCCUUAGCAAGCGGCCGCCCCGCCAGGUGCCCAGCCCAACGAUGUCAAAUACUCGAUGCAGCGCGGCGAGAGGUCCAUCAUCAUCAUCAUCGCUGCAUCUGCACACACCGGCGCAGCAAUCUCACAGCACACUGCACCAUAGUCAGCACGACCAUGCACCCAAUGACGAGGAAGUCUCCGAGGAAGCUUAUGACUCCGACGGAGAUUCGGACACGCUCUACUCGGGCUCGGAAAGCGGAGUCCCAGUUGAAAUUCAACAGUUGCAUCGUCGAAGAAAUCACCUACGUCAGACCAGCUCAUCUCGAGUCGCUCGCAGCAGACUCGGCACCUCCAUCCAACAGCCCCGAGAGCGCCGCACACGACCGAAUCUGCUGCGAGCCCCAAGGCCGACAACCUCUCAGAGGAGACUCGAACAGGAGUUGCGUGAGAGGCAAGAGCAAGAGGAAGCCAUGCUCAGAGUACAGUUUAGGGCCACGCCGGUCCCACCAUCGUCCCUGGAUCGGAGGCCAAGCGCUUCCAAGGGAAAUGCCACGAUUGACAAAGCUGUGAUGGAGAUUGGCUAUCAAAAGACUCGCAAGGAGCAACAAGAACGUGCCAAAGCGAUCCUAAAGCUAUGUGGCGCUGUUGGAGCGCCGGGUGCUUACGACGGCUCCUUCUUGAGAGCCUCGGCGAUCGUUCAUUAG